GGCGGUCCUACCAUUAUAUAAGAGGGAUGGCGGGGAGGGACGAGCUCCGGGGAUAAGCCGGAGAUUGGAGUGCACUAAUCAUACAACAACAUGGCCCCUGUCCUUCUCAUCCCCGCCAUUGUCGUGGCGCUGUACAUCCUCAUCUACUACAACUUCAUCCAGGGAAGACAGUGCAAGAGCGAGCAGAGACUGAGGGGGAGGACAGUCAUCGUCACCGGAGGAAACGUGGGAAUCGGGAAGAUGACGGCACUAGACAUGGCGAAGCGGGGAGCUCGGGUUAUCCUUGCGUGCCGGAACAAGGAAACGGCAGAAGCGGCUGCACAUGACAUCCGCAGAUUAUCUGGGAACAAUGAAGUGCUGUUCAUGAAGCUUGAUCUUGCCUCUAUUGCAUCCAUAAGGUCGUUUUGCAAAACAUUCCUUGAUAGUGAACCACGGCUGGAUAUACUAAUCAACAAUGCAGGCCUGACUGCUAAAGGCAAGACCGAGGAUGGCUUCAAUAUGGUCUUUGGCGUCAAUCACCUAGGGCAUUUUCUACUGACUCAUUUACUUCUGGAUCGCCUUAAGCAGUGUACCCCAAGCCGCAUUGUUGUUCUUGCAUCUAAUGCUCAUAAGAUGGGAAGAAUCAACUUUAAGAACCUAAACCCGGCUGGUGAAACCUGGCUAGAAAUAUUUAGGACCUAUAGCGACAGCAAACUUGCAAAUGUUUUGUUUGCCCGAGAGUUGGCCAACCGAUUACAAGGAACGGAGGUGACUUGCUACGCUGUCCAUCCAGGGGUAGUUCACACAAAUUUAGGACGCAACUUCCCAUCCUGGCUUCAGGUGCCACUUUUCCCUUUUCUUUGGCUCUUCCUUCGGACAUCCAUGGAUGGUGCACAGACCUCCAUUUACUGUUCUGUAGAAGAAGACAUUGAGCAGUACAGUGGACGUUACUUUAACAACUGCCGGGUUGAACAGGUCCCGCCCCACGCCCGUGAUGACGCUGUGGCCAAGAAGCUGUGGGAAGUUAGCGAGGAUCUCCUGGGCCUGAACAAAUAAUUUAUUCCUCAUAUAUGCUUUAACUUCAGGGAUGUUCCAAAUUCUGCCUAAACCUUUGUAGUCAUUUACUGUUUCAUAUUAUGGGGAAUAACCAAGUUUGGUUUAAAUGAGAGGUUUAAAUAUAGUACCUAAACUUGGUUAUGUAAUACUGGAGUAAAAGUUUUGAGUCUAGAA